GGGUGGGAAAAAUAACGUCAAGGAAUUUUUUAAACACGCCGUAAACAAAGAAGAGCGAAAUACCUGCUUUAGGAUUUUAGGGGAAAAAAGAGGUAAAAUCUGAGAGGUGUUUCACUCCGGACUGAAGUUUACAGGUGGUUGUGUUCUCUCAACAGGGCAGAGUUUCUGUGUGUGUGUGUGUGUGUGAUGGCGGAGGCCCACCAAGCCGUUGCGUUCCAGUUCACCAUCACUCCUGAGGGCUUCGACCUGCAGCUCUCCCAUCAGGCCCUCAAUCAGAUCUACAUCUCCGGCCUGCGCUCAUGGAAGAAACGCAUCAACAGAGUGAAGAAUGGUGUGCUGAAGGGUGUGUACCCUGCAAGCCCCGCCUCCUGGCUCUUUGUUGCCGUGGUGAUCCUGGCUACCCUGUAUGGCAAUUUUGACCCCUCCAUGGGCCUCAUCUCUAAGAUCCAGGAUCACCUGCCGCUCAGUGUGUCUCUGAGCUCUCAGGAACAGACCAUGUUGUCUGUGUUGGUCUUCAGCACUCUGUUGUGGUUUUCUCUCGUCCUCAUGCUGCGUUUCUGUCUGAAGCUCCUCCUGACCUAUCACCGCUGGAUGUUCGAGCAGCAUGGCCGCAUCUCCACCACCACCAAGCUCUGGGUGACUCUGGUGAAGCUGCUCUCCAAUAGGAAGCCGUUGCUGUACAGUUAUCAGAGUUCAUUGCCGCACCUUCCUGUUCCUCCCAUCAGAGACACUCUGCAGAGAUAUCUGGAGUCUGUGCUUCCUCUGCUGAACUCUGCUGAAUUUGAUCACAUGACCCAGCUGGCUGCUGAUUUUGAGCAAAAUUUGGGAAAGCGUCUUCAGACGUACCUGAGACUCAAAGCUCUGUGGGCCACCAAUUACGUCAGUGACUGGUGGGAGGAGUAUGUUUACCUGCGAGGGCGGAGCCCCAUCAUGGUCAACAGUAACUACUAUGGAAUGGACUUCCUGUAUGUAACACCAACAACUAAGCAGGCAGCUCGAGCAGGAAACACCAUCACAGCCCUGUUACUGUACCGCCGCAAAGUCAACCGAGAGGAGCUUGAACCUAGUCGAGUUCCUGGGACAGUUAUUCCUCUGUGUGCAGCUCAGUGUGAACGCAUGUUUAACACCACACGCACUCCAGGAGAGGAGACCGACACACUGAGGCACUGGGAGGACAGUGAGUUUGUGGCCGUCUACCACAGGGGGCGCUAUUUCAGGCUGUGGGUUUAUUCUGCUGGACGUCUUCUCUCUCCCCGAGAAAUACAACACCAGAUCCAGAACAUCUUGGAUCACCCUUCAGCUCCAGCACCAGGAGAGGAGAGACUGGGAGCACUGACCGCUGGAAACAGGGUGCCCUGGGCCCGUGUGAGGAAGCAGUUCUUCAGCUCAGGGGUAAAUAAGCGUUCUCUGGACUGCAUUGAGAAAGCGGCUUUCUUCGUGACUCUGGAUGAUGAAGAGGAAGGGAUGAAGGGUGACGAUCCAUCUGGGAACCUGGACCGCUACGCUAAAUCACUUCUGCAUGGCAAGUGUUACGACCGGAAACCAGAAGGCAGAAAUACAGGAAGUCAGGGGCUGGAGUGUGAGAGCCUGCAGUGAUGGGUGACAAUUAAAAUCUUUCCUUCUUGUUUUCUGAUAGCAGUGCUGAUAGAACUAAUGACCGCUACACUGUGAUUAUUAGGCAUUUUCUCACAGUGACCAAUGGGAAGUGUGUGAACAUCUGGUGAUUGUG